AUCGAUGUUUUCUCCACCUCUAUUGUGAAAAAGGAAGGAAAAAAAUUGCUUUCGAAUUUACGUGUAAUAGUUUGGGUUGUAUGCGUCUAUGGAUAUAUCACUGAGCCAACGAAUUGAUCAAUCAAUCAACAAUUGAAUUAAGAUUUCAAACUAGAUAUCACAUCACACACUCUACUUCUCUUCCGCUCACUCCCCCUGUGCCUGUGGCGUUUGCACGCGUAUCCCUGUGUGCGUGCGUGUGUGUGUGUGUGUGUGUGCGUCUCUUUCGUGUGGCUGUGUGUGUUUUGUCGGCUUUAAAUUUCAUUUCUUUUGGCAAAAAAGCGGACAAAACGACAACAAUUAGAAAAUGUCAUAUCCACCGCGUGCUCCAAUGCCGCCGUAUUUGAAUGCUUCGAUUCCACCUCCGCAUAUGAUGCAGUCGAUGGGUAAUCCACCACGAAGUUUUCGGAAUUCGGCAACCAUCAGUUCACAGCCCACAGUUUAUCAUCGGCCGCCGGAGCCGCAGCCACAAUUUCGUGGACCCAUUAUCACGGUUUUUGUGGGCAAUAUAAGUGAACGUGUGCCAGAGGCUCUUCUGAAACGCAUCCUGGCCUCCUGCGGUGUAGUAAUCAAUUGGAAACGUGUCUCCACAUUCGGCUUUUGCGAGUUCGAUGGCCCGAUUGCGGCAAUGCGAGCUGUCCGCCUUCUCAGCGAGAUGGAAAUCGAUGGGAAGAAGCUGGUGGCCAAAGUCGAUGCCAAGAACAAAGUCCUGAUUGAGGAUUACAAGGAACAGGAGUGCAAAAAUGGCGAGGGCGCCAAUACCUUGGAUGAGAAGACUGAGGACGAGUAUGCCAUUAGCCAGAUGCAUGAUCUUCUCGAAGAGCAUAAGCAUGAGUUCGAAGGAUUCGAUGGUACACAACGGGGUGGCGAUCUGUAUGGGUCUGGAACGCGUGUCAAGAAGGUGAGACGCGAGGAUGAUCUGAAGAUCAAGGUACUGAACGAUAAUGCCUUAGAGGAAGAGAAAAGGAAUCUGAUUAGCAGUGAGAUUGGUAAAUUCCGGAAGCGAGCCGAAGCGGAUGAGCAUCGUAAAGAGCUGGAAAAGGAGAAGGAAAAAGAGAAAAAGGAAAAGGAACGCAAAAAGCAACAGCGCGAAGAGCAACGUAAAGCCAGCAGCAGCACCACCAGUACCAGCUCCUCCAGCAAAUCUAAUCCACCAGAUGCGGAAAGAAGUCAGGAUGUGGAAAUCAUUGAAGAGGCCACAUCCUCUGGUCCCUCUGGAGCAGUUUCAGCCACCUCACCUGUUCAAGCGUCGGCGCCACCCGCACGACAUACCGCCACAAGUAGUAGUAGCAGUAGCCGUAAAGAGCCAUCAAUUGUUAGCGUUGAAAGGCGACCCGAUUCCAAAGAGUCACGCCGCCGCCGUUCCAAGUCACGCUCCAAGGAUUUGCCUGCCAUUUCUGAACGAGAAAUCCGUGAGAUGCGGGACAAGGAUCGCGAGCGUGAACGGGAACGCGAGCGAGAACGUGAACGGGAGCGCCAGGAGAUGCGGGAGCGGGAGAGAGAGCGCCUGGAGUUGCGUGAGCGUGAACGGGAGCGCGAAAGGGAACGGGAAAGGGAACGAGAACGGGAGCGAGAACGAGAUCGCGAACGGGAAGAAAAGACUCUGAAGCCAGUGAGAGACACACGACGCGAAAAGGAAAUGGAGGAGGAGAUGCGCGAACGCAAAAAAGCUGAGAAGAAGGCGCGCGAAAAGGAGGCGGCCUAUCAGGAGCGUCUCAACAAUUGGGAGAUUCGAGAGAAACGCCGGGCUAAAGAGAACGAGAAGUAUCGGCUCAAGGAGCUGCUACGUCAGGAGGAACGUGAAACGGAUGCCAAACGUCUAAAGGAAUUUGUCGAGGACUACGACGAUGAACGUGAUGAUUCGCUAUAUUAUCGUGGACGAGAGCUGCAGCAACGUUUAGCCGAACGCGUGCGAGAAGCCGAUGCCGAUUCCAAGGAUCGCGAAAAGGAAGCCGACGAAUUGGCCGAGCUAAAGAACAAAAUAUUUAACGGCGAAUUCGAGAAUCCUACGCAGGAAUAUGAGAAGGCGCGACGCGAAAUUGAAAAACUCUACGAGCCACGCAUCAUCAUCAAUGUCAAUCUGGAGGCAGUGCAGCGUAAAUCCGAUCUACCACAAAUAAGCUCAGCGCAAGCCCAGACACAAAGCCAAACGCAAAACGCCUCUGCCGCCGCUGCCCCUGCAGCAGGUGGCGAGAAGCGACGCAACAAGACAACAAAUCCAGAUGCAACUGUAUCCGAUGAUUCCAUGUCAAAUGAUGAUCACGAUGGUGGCGGUGGUGGUGGUGGCUCCAUUGCCGAUACAGCAUCCAAUGCAAGUGGUUACACGGUAGCCAAGAGCAAUGAUAAAUCACAUCAUCAUCAUCAUCACUGGCAUCAGAAUAGUCUUAGUCGACAGAAUAGUGAGUCGAGGGAUUCAUUGGCCAACAUACACACACCCACGCAGCAGCAACAGCAGCAGCAACAACAACAACAACAAAGUGCAAUGGAUGUGGGUGCGGAGAGUAAUAAUGAUGGCACAAUGGCAGCAACUCCACCCAUGACCAUGCCAUUGAUAUCCUUAACGUUGGGCAACAAUCUCAAAAAGAAGAAAAUCGAGGCCACCGGCGUUUUUGUCAACGACGAUGACAAUGAUGAGAAUAUCAAUCCCAAAAAGCGUAAACUGGUACCAUUAGACUACGAUGAUAACAUGAGCAAUAGUACACCAUCUGGCCAAGGUGCCACUGGAGGAGCAAGUGGUGGCGGCGGUGGCACAAUCAAUAGCAGCAGCGGCGGCAACAUUUCAUCUGCGGAUCGUCAAAGUUCCGCUGUAUCAGCGGCAACAGCUGCUGCUGCUGCUGUUAGCCAAAAGAUAGCCCAAGGUGGUAAUUCUGGUUCAACGUCAUCGGGCAGUGGGAAUGGCAAAAAUCAUAAUAAUAAUAACAACAACAAUAACAACAGCAGCAGUAGCAACAACAAACAACAGCAUGGCAAACAUGGUAAGAGCGGCGAUGGUGGUGGAGGAGGAGGAGCUGGUGGUGGAUCAGCAACAAGUGGAGAUGCUUGUGCAACUGCAAAUACCAAAAAAGAUGAGAAUGGUGCCAAGGUGCACGAUGAGAAACGGCGGCAUAUUAAAAGCAUUAUUGACAGGAUACCCACACAAAAGGAUGAGCUAUUCAAUUAUAAGCUCGAUCGCAAUGAGAUUGACAGUGGCCUAAUGGAACGGAAAAUACGUCCAUGGAUAAAUAAAAAAAUCAUUGAAUAUAUCGGUGAGCCAGAGCCAACGUUAGUGGAUUUUAUAUGCUCCAAGGUAUUGGCCGGUAGUCCGCCCCAAAGCAUAUUAGACGAUGUCCAAAUGGUGCUGGAUGAGGAAGCAGAGGUAUUUGUGGUUAAAAUGUGGCGACUGCUCAUAUACGAAUUGGAUGCCAAAAAGAGUGGCAUUGCGGGCAAAUAGAUGAUGAGCUGGAGACGUAUCCUGACGCAGGAUAAUGAUAAUGGCGGCGGUGGCAUACGAGAGCAGAGAGAUGAAACGUUGCAUAGAUUUUAAGUUUACUUUAUUAAGAAAUUUACCUAGAAACCAUAUGAAAAUGAAAAAAAACUAUAUAUAUAUAUAUAUAUAUAUAUAUAUAUAUAUAUACAACAUCCAUACGAUUAUCACAAUGUGUACAUAAAAAAAAGAGGGGCGUGCACCACAAAAAACUGACAAAACUAAAUCUUAAAAACCGAAAAAUAAGAAGGAUAACUCUAGAUCAAAAA